AUGCGAGCUCUCGAAGCAUUAAGCCGUGGUCGUUUAGAAAUGACAAUUUGGUCACAUGAAUAUUGGGAAAUUCCGAAUCUUUCUGUAGCUACCAAAUUAUUGCACUAUAAAAAUUCGUUAAAACUACAUUUGAAUUCUCGAUCAGAUUUGAAAUUUUUACCAGAAAUGAUUUUCAAAAAUGCUCUCUACUUCAAGGAACAUCGGACACCAUUGUUGAAUACUAUUUUAGAAAUUAAUAAUCAUGGUGAUAUAGCAUUGCAUUCGUUAUAUACAAAUAGGUUUGAAUUGGGCAUCGAACAAUGUUCACGAAUCAAAUUUGCCAUGUUCUAUCCAAUUUAUGCCACAUUGUGUUAUCAAAAAAAUUCGAUUAUCUAA